UUGAGAUAAGUAGGCUCAAACAACAAAAGCAGUUUAUGAUGUUUUGGUUGUCUGUUGAGAUAAGUAGGCUCAAACAACAAAAGCAGUUUAUGAUAUUUUGGUUGUCUGUUGAGAUAAGUAGGCUCAAACAACAAAAGCAGUUUAUGAUAUUUUAGUUGUCUGUUGAGAUAAGUAGGCUCAAACAACAAAAGCAGUUUAUGAUAGUAAGCUCAAACAACAACAUAAUUUGAUGAAGGAAGGCUCA